AUGUUAAGUAGAGUUCAUCAUAGAUACUUAUCAAAGUCCCUUACUGCAACCCCAGCUAGGACUAUGGUUAUUCCAAGUAGAAAGAAAUGGGCUAGCCCUAGUUCUGCUACCACAACCCCAACUAACGCAACACCACAAGAGCCAAGAUUUUUAGAGAUGGUUAAGAUGCACUUCGAUAAGGCAGCCCAAUUCACAGAUGUUGCUCCUGGAUUAUUGAGUGUCAUUAAGGAGUGUAACUCAGUUGUCAGGUUCAACCUCCCUCUCCAGAGAGAUGAUGGAAGCUUAGAAAUCAUUACAUGCUAUAGAGCUCAGCAUUCUCACCAUAAAUUACCUGUCAAGGGAGGUACAAGAUAUGCUGACAACAUUACUAUCUCUGAGGUUGAAGCUCUUGCUUCCUUGAUGACCUUCAAGCUUGCUGCUGCUGAUGUCCCAUUCGGAGGUGCUAAAGGAGGUAUCAGGAUCAAUCCUCGUAACUACUCCAGAUCUGAGAUUGAGAGGAUAACCAGAAGAUACACUCUUGAGCUUGCUAAGAAAGGAUUCAUUGGACCAGCUAUCGACGUUCUUGGACCUGAUAUGGGUACCGACCAACAAGUCAUGACCUGGAUUAAGGAUACCUACACAAGCAUUUAUGGAGACAAGGACAUCAACGCUGAGGGAUGCGUCACUGGUAAAUUCAAGAGACACGGUGGAAUCAGUGGAAGACAAGAGUCUACAGGAUUAGGAUGCUACUACGGAAUCAGAGAGUUGCUCAACAGGAAAGAUUUUUGUGAAAAAGCAGGACUUAGCACUGGAAUUGAAGGUAAAGAAUUCAAUAUUCAAGGUUUCGGAGCUGUCGGAUCAUGGGCAGCUAAGUUCCUUGUCAAGGACGGUGGUAAAAUUACAACCAUUGUUGAGUGGGACUGUGCUAUUCAUAAGAAGGAUGGACUUGACGUUGAGGAUGUGAUUCAAUGGCAAACUAAUGAAGGCUCUCUCAAGAACUAUCCUCACGCUGAUAAAGUUGAAAUUGAGAACCCAGCUAAAUUCUUGGAGAUGGAAUGCGAUGUCUUGCUUCCUUGCGCUGUUGAGAAAUCCAUCCACAUGAAUAAUGCCCCAAACCUUCAAUGUAAGAUAAUUGCUGAAGGAGCUAACGGCCCAACUACUGUCUGGGGAGAAGAGAUCUGCGAGAAGAAAGGAAUCAUCAAUAUUCCAGAUCUUAUCCUCAAUGGAGGUGGUGUCACUGUAUCUUACUUCGAGUGGUUGAAGAAUCUCCAACAUGUAAGCGGAGGUAAAUUGACAAGAAGAUGGGAGGCUACUUCCAAGAAAGAUCUCUAUAAGUUCAUCAAGGGCCAAGACGCUCCAUCCAUUGUUGACGACACCAUGGGCUUCUUGAGAGGUGCUAAGGAAAUUGAUCUCGUUUACUCUGGACUGGAAGAGAUCAUGAGUAAUGCCAUCCACACUCACUUUGAUAUCGCUUUGGAGAAGAAUACUAAUAUGAGAAUUGCAGGAUUUUCUAACUCAAUCAAAAAGGUUGCUGAAGCUUACGAAGAUGCAGGAUUCCUAUUCUAAGUA